AUGGGCCUGAAAUCAAUAACCUAUGAAGAAGUGGAUGUUAAUUUCACUCCGGAAGAGUGGGCUUUGCUAGAUCCUUCCCAGAAGAGUCUCUACAAAGAUGUCAUGCUGGAGACCUACAAACACCUUACAGCUCUAGGCAUAAAAGGACACAUACUGGAGAGAAACCCUUUGAAUGUAAUCAAUGUGGUAAAGCCUUUGCAGAUCGCAGUAACUGCCAGAGUCAUAAAAGAACUCAUAGUGGAGAGAAACCCUAUGAAUGUCAUCGAUGUGGUAAAGCCUUUUCACAACUCAGUAGUCUCCAAAAGCAUAAAA